CGAAGAAGAACGAGCCGGCUGCACGCCAGCCAAUUACAUGUUAGGAGCGAAGAUGGCGGAAUCGGAGCUGAGCAUCAGGAGCUGUCGAGAAUUAUGGACCAUACUGCUGGGAAGGUCUGCAUUGAGAGAGCCGGCUCAAAUAGAAGCAGAGCUCGACAGACAUUGGGACAGACUGCAUCAAGGGCUCAGUUACUACAAGCCACCCAGCUCAUCCUCUGCGGGGAAAGUGAAGGAUAACAAAGAUGUUGCACAGCCACUGAAAGACUUUGGCCUGAGGAUCAGUAAACUACUGAGUCUAGAUGAGCAGCAAAGUGUGCAGCUGUUACAGUGCUAUCUACAGGAGGACUACCGAGGGACCCGUGAUUCAUUAAAGGUUGUUCUCAAGGAUGAGCGGCAAAGCCAGGCACUUUUGCUAAAGAUAGCUGACUAUUACUAUGAGGAGCGCAUGUGUCUGCUUAGAUGCGUUCUCCUCCUGCUGACUUACUUUCAGGAUGAGCGGCAUCCCUAUAGGACUGAAUACAGCAACUGUGUAACAAAGCUGGAGAAAGAUUUGGUGAGCAACUACCAGUCACAGUUUGAGAAUCUCUUCAAGGCUGAGGCACCGACAUGGGAAACUCACGGAAACCUAAUGACGGAGAGACGGGUCUCGCGGUGGUUCCUGCAGUGUCUGCGAGAACAGUCUCUGCUGCUAGAGAUCAUCUUUCUGUAUUAUGCUUACUUUGAGAUGAGCCCAUCUGACCACCUGAGCUUUACCAAAAUGUUCAAAGAACAAGGGUUUGGCCUUCGACAGACCAACAGGCACCUCGUGGACAAAAGCAUGGAUGCACUGGUUGAUCGGAUCGGAUACCUUAGUUGUCUCAUCCUGGUUGAAGGAAUGGACAUCGACUUUCUGCACAAGUGUGCUCUGGAGGAUUGUGCAGAACAACACCAGUUCUCUGGUGCACCCAAUGUGAUUAAGGAGAUGGAUCAGCUGCUGCUGACAUUUGGUGAGAUUCCUCAUCACGGGCCUGUGUUGUUGGCUUGGGUCCUGCUGAGACACACAGUGAGACCAGAUGAGUCCAGCCAUGUGAUCAGGAGGAUAGGCAACACCGCCCUGCAGCUGGGGGUGUUCAAGUACCUUUCAGCCAUGCUGAAAGGCCUCGGAGCCUCAGGAAAUAAUUGUACAGCAAGUACAGCAAAAAUGUGUAUCUAUGGCCUCCUCUCAUUCGUGGUCACUUCAUUUGAAGAAGAAAGCCUACAGACUGAUGGUGUGGCAACACAGUCUUCCCACCUGAUCGAUGCUGCCUGCGAGGUCCUCUCUGCUCCCAGUCUGGCUGAAGUCUUUUGGGAAAUGAAGCCAAACAUGGGACUGGGGAUGGUCCUGGACAGUGCAGUUGGGAUGUUCCCUCAUAAGAUUGGACCUUUGCUGCAGCUCCUUACUGCACUCGUGUCAAACAAGUCAACAGUAAAAAAGGUUUACAACUUCUUGGAUAAGAUGUCCUUUUAUACACAAGUUUACAAACAUAAGCCCAAUGAUAUCAUCACCAAUGAUGACGAGACGUUGUGGAGGAGACAAACUCCGAAACUCCUUUACCCCCUUGGUUCGGGGCAGACUAACCUGUGGUUGCCUCAGGGAGUGCUGGGCCAGGUGAUGAUUGCAGGGGAGCAGGGCUACAUGGUGCGAUGGGAUUACUCCUACAGCUCCUGGACUCUGUUCACCUGUGAAGUGGAAAUUCUGCUCCAUGUUGUUUCAACUGCAGAUGUUAUAGCCCACUGUGCAAGAGUGAAGCCCAUCCUGGAUCUGGUCCAUAAGAUCAUAAGUACAGACUGGACUGUGUCAGAUUGUCUGUUGCCUCUCACCUCACGUAUUUACAUGCUGCUGCAAAGGCUAACAUCAGUCAUCAACCCCCCUGUGGAUGUGAUUGCAUCCUGUGUGAACUGUCUGUCUGUACUGGCUGCAAGGAUGCCUGGAAAGGUGUGGUCCAGUUUGCACCACACUGGUUUCCUCCCAUUUUCCUCCAGCCCAUUGACUAACAUGGCUCAAUGUGUCAGUGCUGAGGGGAUGAAAGCAGGAAACUAUGGCAACCUGCUGGUCCAGAUUGAGCAGCCUAGAGGGGAGUAUGCUGUGACAAUAGCCUUCCUUCGUCUUAUUACAACCCUGGUUAAGGGCCAGCUUGGAAGCACUCAGAAUAAAGGUCUGAUCCCCUGCGUGCUGCUGGUGUUAAAGGAGAUGCUGCCAACAUAUCACAAGUGGCGUUAUAAUACCUACGGAGCCAGAGAGAGAAUAGGUUGCCUCAUUUUGGAGCUGAUCCAUGCUAUCCUCAACCUGAGUCCAGAGGGGGAGGACCAGGGCAGCACUCCCACCCUGCAGUCUCUUUGCAUUUACUGUCUGGCAAACACAGAGGCUGGACAAGCAGUCGUCAACAUCAUGGGAGUAGGAGUGGACACCAUAGAUGUGGUCCUGGCAGCACAGCCCAGCAGCUGUGGCUCUGAGGGACCGGGUCAGAUCCUGAUCCAGACUGUUAAAUUGGCCUUUUCUGUCACCAAUAACGCCAUCCGUCUGAAGCCACCGUCUGAUGCGGUGUCCCCACUGGAGCAGGCGCUGACGCAGCAUGGUGGGCAUGGCAAUAAUCUGGUCGUUGUCCUUGCAAAAUAUAUUUACCACAAACAUGAUCCAGCGCUGCCUCGCCUCGCAGUCCAGCUGCUCAAACGGCUCGCCACCGUGGCCCCCAUGUCGGUCUACGCUUGCCUUGGCAGCGACGCAGCCGCCAUCAGAGACGCGUUCCUUACUCGGCUGCAGAGCAAGACAGAAGACAUGAGGAUCAAGGUUAUGAUCCUAGAGUUCCUCACUGUUGCCGUGGAAACCCAGCCUGGCCUGAUUGAGCUCUUUCUCAAUCUGGAGGUGAAAGAUGGAAGUGAAGGAUCAAAGGAGUUCUUGCUGGGUGAGUGGAGCUGUCUUCACGUGGUCCUGGACCUGAUCGACUCCAAACAGCAGGGGAAAUAUUGGUGUCCCCCUCUGCUGCACCGAGCAGCCCUGGCUUUCCUCCUCGCGCUCUGGCAGGAUCGUAGAGAUAGUGCCAUCUCCGUCUUGAGAACCAAAAAAAGAUUUUGGGAAAAUUUGACAACACCUCUUUUCGGAACUCUCACUCCACCUUCAGACACCACAGAGCCUUGUGUUUUGGAGACAUGCGCAUUUGCUAUGAAAAUCAUCGGCCUGGAGAUCUACUACGUUGUCAGUGGUUCCUUGGAGCAGUCUCUAAAGGAUGGACUUCAAAAGUUCUCAAAUGCACGGCGCUAUGAAUACUGGUCCCAGUACGUCAAGUCACUGGUGUGCCAUGUGGCAGAUAUGGAGGAGGAAGGGAUCUGUUACUUCACAGAGACCCAAAUGUUGAUCUCUGCUUGGCGGAUGCUGCUGAUUCUUUCCACCAGCCACGCUGAUGUGAUGCAGUUAACAGAAGACUCGACAAAGCUGAAACUUUUCAUGGAUGUCCUUGACGGGACUAAAGUUGCUCUGACCACUCCCAUGUCUGAGCCAUGUCUUCGUCUUGGAUCCAUGAUGGCCACGCUAUUGCUCAUCCUCCUCAAACAGUGGAAAAGUGUGGUAGCAGCAGCUCCUGACAUACUGUCCCCCCUCUCCCUCAUUCUGGAGAACGUCCUACAAGCUGACCAGCAGAUGAUGGAAAGAACCAAAGCCAAACUCUUCUCUGCACUUAUUUCUGUGCUGCAAAUUCAGGGACUAAAUGGUGGAGAUAUUUCCCAGCUGCCACAGCUGUUACUGUCUGUGUGCGAGACAGUUAAAGAUGAGGCGCUGGCUCUCAUCGACUGCACUCGUCAUAUGAGUCAGAUGGGUGACGCGGUGGAAGACGAGGACAGCAUGGAGACAGAGUCUCCUCGGGGCCCACAGAAGGACCAGAGAGAUGGGGUGUGUGUGCUAGCACUUCACUUAGCAAAGGAGCUAUGUCGCACGGAUGAGGAUGGUGAGCACUGGGUGUCAGUGAUGAGGAAGGUCCCAGUCCUGCCCUCAGUGCUGAGUGCAGUGGAGCUCAGCCUGCGCUCCAAACACAACCUCUACUUCACCGAGGCUGCGCUUCACCUGCUGCUCACACUAGCCCGCACUCCUCAGGGGGCAGCAGCUGUUGCUGGAGCAGGAGUUAUCCAGACUAUCUGCCUCCCUCUUCUGGGUGUAUAUGAGGUUUCGUCAAAUGGUGCAUCACAGAGUUUCACCAGGAAGUCCCAGGACUCAGCCUGCUGGCCGGGUGUUUACCGCCUCUGCAUGUCUUUAAUGGAGAGUCUUCUUAAGACUCUGCGCUACAACUUCAUUAACGAAGCCCUGGACUUUGUUGGAGUACAUCAAGAACGCAUACUACAGUGUCUGAAUGCAGUGCGUACAGUGCAGAGCCUGGCUUGUCUGGAUGAGGCUGAUCACACAGUCGGUUUCCUGCUGCAGCUCUCCAGCUUUUGUAAGGAAUGGCAGUUUCAUCUGCCCAAACUGCUCAGAGAUGUGCAGGUAAACUUAUGUUACCUGUGCCAGACUUGCACAUACCUGCUCCACAGCAAAAAGAUGCUGCAUCACUACCUCCAGGCAAAGAACGGUGAAGCGUUGCCCCCUGGACCCCUUCCAAGGACACAGCAACCCCCUCAGACCCUGACUAAAGAGGCGGCAUCAGCAGGUGGAGGAGGAGGAGUUGGAGACAGAGAGGAGGCGGAGCAGAAAGCCCUGCUCGCCGUGCAGUGCAGCCUUCUAAAGAUCCUCAGUAAAACCUUGGCAACUCUUCGCCACUUCACUCCAGACUGCUGCCAGAUACUCCUGGACCAGUGUAUGGACCUGGCCGAGUACAGAACCUUGUUUGUGCUCAGCUUCACAACUCCAGCAUUUGACCCCGAUGUGGCCCCUUCAUUUGGGACUCUGCUGGCCACCAUCAAUGUGGCACUGAGCAUGAUGAGCGAGCUGGAGAAGAAGAAGGAGCCCGUUUCACUGAGCAUAGCUUCGCUUGCUUCAUCAGAGGAGAUCCAGGCAUUGAAGUCACUGCUGAUGUUCACCAUGGAGAACUGCUUCUACGUCCUGAUCUCUCAGGCUGUUCGGUGUCUCAAAGAUCCCUCCAUCCUCCCCAGAGACAAACAGAGGCUCAAGCAAGAGCUCAGCUCUGAACUGAGCACGCUUCUCUCUAGCCUUUCCCGUCACUUCCGGAGAGGGUCUCCAUCGUCUCCAGCCAGCGGCCUCCUCCCCUCUACUCAGUCCAAACCGCCCACCCCUGGCUCGAAGGUGAGCCAUGAAGGCCAGGAGCCUGUCAUUCAGCUUGUUCAGGCCUUUGUCAGACUAGUGCAGAGAUAGAUUUCCCUCCCCAACAAAGCUAACAUUUUCUAUUAAUAGUUCAGUAAGGAAAAAAAAAAUCUUUUUUUUUUUUUUUUUUAAAGGAAACCGUUAUGACUCAACUUUGUUCAUUUUGUUACUAUGAGGCUCCACAGUUGAAAAGGUACCAGAAUUUAACGUUUGAAUAAUAAUUUUGCCAAAACAUUUCAACUGAGAAAAGGCACAACAGUUGUUUCAUGUUAAAGAGCUCUGUCUGUAGAAAUCUUGGUGCUACUACACAUCAGUCACUGACUGUGGUCCAUCUUUCACAGGCCUAGUUUUAUAGGUCACUAUGACAACACAAUGACCAGACAUUCAAGUGCUACUUAAAUAUAAUCUCUGUAUGACUAAAUGUAGUAAAGCUCAUCCUAUGAAGCUGUUACUUUUAUAUUUCUCUUCUUUAAUCUUGACCUGAGCUAUUUUUGCAUUUAUUACAUGUAAAUGUUCUCAAGUGGCUGCCAAGAUUUGUACUUUAAAAGAAAAUAGAUAUGCUAAUAAAAGGGACUUUUGUA